AUGAUAACUUCAUUCCUCAAUCCACUCAGUCCGACGGCCAGUCCGAAUGCCGGUGUCAUGAACGGUGAAUCCCCAGGCACAGAGUCGCCCUCUCUUAAAGACGAGGUUGAGCGUCUUGAGAAUGGCGACAAACCGAAGAUGGGUUCUGGGGUGAGGGGUACGCGUAUCGGCCACAAGAAGUCGCGGAAUGGCUGUCAGCAGUGUAAGAAGCGGCGUGUCAAGUGCGAUGAAAGCCGGCCAUGUCGGAAUUGCGUACGGCACGACGUCAAGUGCAGUCUGGUCUUGACACCCUUCGCCCCGCAGCUCCCAACCGUCGCCGAAUCGCCUAAGCCGGCUUCAGAGGCGGCCAACACGGCAACCCCCCGCAGUGUUGGCGAAACCUCAACAAGUAGCCAUCCUGGUAGCCAACGCGACAGAGCCUCGCCUCAACUGUCAUCUUUGAGGGAGAAGGUCGCUGCCAUGCAGGGGCUAUUGUCCGAGUUUUCCGCCGAGAUGGAGACGCUCACCCAGCAAACCGCUCACGGGGGAGACAAUGUCUCCAACUCGAACCAAGGCGAAUCCGGAGAAAGUCAGAAUAUCUCUCCUUCGGAUUGGCUGACUGACAUGAAGCUCGUCCAUCAUUUUACAUCGAAUACUGCUUACACCCUUUCGGAGAACCGUGACUUCGUUCACCUAUGGACCACUACAGUGCCUGAAAUUGCAUUUGCUCAUGACUUUCUCCUUCAUGGCAUUCUCGCCGUAUCAGCGAUCCAUCUCGCCCAUUUACACCCGGAAAGGCGUGAGGAAUUCACCACAAUAUCUACCCGCCACCAAACAACCGCACUGGGCCAAUUUUCGCCCCGACUGAACGAUAUAGGGGAAACCAACGCUGACGCAUACGUCCUUCAUGCCGUUUGUAUUUUCCUCUUGAACACCUACUCUAUUGCCAACCCACAUGGGCCCAUCACAUCGAAGGACGUUGCUCAGUCCUUCAUCCUACUACAAGGUAUCAAGAGCAUUCUCACCCUUCCAUUUGCUCAUCGCUAUAUUGCAAAUGGCCCUUUGGCACGCUGGCUCUACCAAAGCGGCAUGGAGCCCGCCGUAACCGGAAACUACGCAAGUAAGAUUGACGAUCUCAUCAACCUCACUCGCAGCAUGGCGCCCUCUGAAGACACGUCCACCUGCCAAUCCGCCCUCGAAGGGCUUAAGCUCACAUUUGCCGCUGUUUCGGCACCUACUCACCGACUCGGCCUUGUCUGGCGAUGGGCAGUCUCGUUACCCCAGUCAUUCCUCGAGCUCAUGAGCCAGAACCACCCAAUGGCCCUAGUCAUCCUCAUGUACUACGCUGCGUUGGUACACGCCUUUGAGCGAAAGCUGUGGUAUCUCAACGGGUGGGGAGUUAAUGUGGCAUCGGCUUUGGACAAGACUAUUCAAGAGCCUUGGAGGGGGUGGAUUCAGUGGCCACUGCGGUGUGUUCGCGAAGGUGUUGAUAUUCGACAGGUCGAGCCCGAUCCACCGUCAAAUACUACCCCCAAGCCCGAACCGAUUGGGCUUCCUACGAUCAAAAUGGAUCUGUUCAGGGUGGGGGAACCUCCACCAUGA